AUGAACGUCGACGCAACGCACCUGUGCAUGUGCUGUCAAGGCUCUCCCUCGCUGUCUCCGGCCUGCACCCCGCGCCCUCCUCGCCCGCUCUGUUGCGCCGUCUCGACCCCCAGACCCUGCGCCUCGCCCUUUGUGCUGUGUGCCUCCGCCUCGCCUCUCUCAGCUCUGCGUUGUGCGGUCUCCAAAAUGGCGGUGAAGCUCGGCGUCAUCGUCUACGUGGUGCUCCAGCUCAUCGCGUUCGUGUGUGUGAUGAUCGGCACGGGGGUCGAUAUAUUUUACAUCAAACCGGAGAGCAGCUUUGGCUUGAGGGUGUGCAUCACGUUGUGGGGUGGAAAGACCGAUUGCCGAAAGGUCCAGGUAUCAAACCCUGGGAACAAACUGUGGCUGCUGUGCCCGCGCAUCCGGGACAACUUCCGGCUCGCUCAGGCGUUCGCUAUCAUCUCCAUCUUCGUGUACGGCGCGGCACUGCUAUUCGGCUGCCUUUUGCUGUACUGUUGCACUGGCUUCCGCUGGCUCUGCCUGGCGCUGAACAUCGUGGGCGCUGUCACAGCUUGCGUUGUCUGGGCGCUCAUGGUGGUGACCUACCGACUACAAGAGCUAAGGUGUGAUGUGCUGAACGACGAUUUUGUAUUCGGCACAGGCUUCGGUCUCUACGUGUUCGCGUGGGUGCUGGAUAUCCUCAACAUCAUCUUCCUGAUGCUCCCGUGGCAACUCGGCCAAUCCGGUGAGGAAGCGGAAGAGCAUGCCGCUGUGACAAAGGCAGCGGAGCAGUAG